AUGAAAUCAUUGUUAGUACUGCUGGCAAUCACCGUCCAAGUGUGGGCACAAGUACCCGCAGGAUGUAGGUCUAAGCUGGACAUUGUGAUUCUACUGGACGCCUCUUACAGUGAAGGACAGGCAAAUUUUAAUAAACAACUAAAAUUUGUGGAUAAUUUCGUUAGCCAAUUCAAUAUAGGAUCAGAUGCCACUCAGAUCAGCGUUGUCCCGUUUGCCACGUCGGUAUACAACGCCUUUUCCUUAAAUACACACUCAGCCAAACCAGGUCUCAUCAGUGCCAUUCAAAACAUACCUUACAGACCGGGAGCAACUUACCUUGACAGGGCGCUCACUUAUACGGAAACUACCUCAUUCUUGCCUCAAAAUGGAGGAAGACCAGAUGCCGAAAAAUUAGUUUUCCUAUUGACUAAUGGACAUUGGUCUAACCAAGCUAACACCAUAUCCGAAGCCCAAAAAUUGCACUUUUCUGGUGUAGAGGUUUUUGCUGUUGGUAUCGGUAAUUACGUUUCUAAUUUUGAGCUAGAAUCCAUUGCUAGCGAUUAUACCAAUGUUUUCCAAGUACAGAACUUUGAUCUACUGAACACCAUCCAAAGUCAAUUGACCAACGCGGCAUGUCAGAAAGCGGCCUUACAUUGUCAAUCAACAAUUGCAGACAUUGUGUUUGCCAUAGAUUCUUCUUCGACCAUCUCAACCAUAGACUUUUCCAAACAGAUGCUUUUUAUUAAGCAUCUUGUAAGGCAAUACAACGUGGGAUUAAAUGACACACAAUUUAGUAUAGUGUUUUUUGACAAAAGAGUCCAUGUAGAAUUUCAUCUGAAUAAUUAUCAAUCUAAAACACAAGUUCUGGGGGCCAUUUCUAGUAUUACAUAUCCAUAUGCCUAUGGAUCGACAAACGUGAACGAGGCUCUGGAAUAUAUUGCCAACAACACCUUCAAAUCCACCAACGGUGGUAGAGCAGGAGUAGAACGCUGGGUAAUUGUUCUCACAGACGGAACAUAUCCAUAUUCACCGGCUACCGCAACAUCGGCCGCAUCAGAUAAACUUCACAAAAUGGGAAUAGAGGUCAUUUCCAUUGGUGUAGGAAGCAAAAGCAACAAGGCGGAGCUGGAAGCUACUGCUACUGACCCACAAUAUGUUUUUAAAGUAGACACCUACGAUGAUCUGUACUCAGUGAUGACAAACAUAGAAUCAAUCACUUGUGAUUAUAAUGCUUGUCAUGGAAGUAAGGCAGACAUCGUGUUUCUAUUGGAUUCCUCUGCCAGUGAAGGGAGGGACAAUUUUAAUUACCAACUUCAAUUUCUUCAAAACUUUACACUUAAGUUUGACAUUGGACCUGACGCUGUUCAGAUUGGUCUGACAACAUUUUCCACCAAACCCCAUGGUCAUUUCUGGCUUGACAUGUACCAUAACAAGACUGACCUUGUUAAUGCCAUCGACAACGUCCCAUACAUUCCUGGAAGCACGUAUACCGAUCUUGGUCUGAAGUUUGCUCUGAAUGAAAGUUUCAGCCCCAAAAAUGGAGCUCGAGAUGAAAGCAUACCUAAAAUACUGGUAGUAUUGACCGACGGACAAUCUACGGACCCAAUGGUGACAGCUUUAAUGGCUGACCGUCUGCACAAACAUGGUAUCAAGGUCAUCACUAUAGGAAUUGGUCAGGAUGUGCGCAGUUCUGAGUUGACUGUUAUUGCUACAGACAAAUACCACGUGUUCACUGCUACUGAUUUUAAAUCCCUCGCAUCUGUCCAAAAGGAUUUGCAGAUAGAAAUCUGUAGAAAGUGUGGUGAUAGAGAAGCAGACAUUGUGUUCAUUCUGGACGAUUCCGGAAGUGAGGGUGCCAGCAAUUUCAAGAAAGAAUUAAACUUUACUGCCGAUUUUAUUAAGGGAUUUCAAAUUGGGAAACAGCACGUUCAGUUUGGUCUGGUUACAUAUUCAAGUUAUGCAAGAAACCAAUUUUAUUUCAACACAUACCAUGAUAUACAGUCCAUUUUACAUAAAUUAAAUACUGUUUUUUACACUGGUGGAGCUACACAUACCGAAUAUGGUCUCACCAGUGCUAGAUACCAAUAUUACUCAUACCAUGGAGCAAGACCUAACGCUCAGAAAAUUGCCAUUGUCUUGACGAAUAAAAUUUCUUAUUCCACAACUAAGACGAUUGCAGAGGCUAACGCACUAAAAGCUCUAGAGUGUGGAAAAUUGGAUAUUGUUUUCUUUCUCGACUCCUCAAGGACCAAGAGAAAAAUCAACUUCAAUAAGAUGCUAACGUUUGUUCAGAACUUCACUAAACAGUUUGAGAUUAAUCCACAGAACGCACAGGUUGGAGUGGUUACUGAUAAAACAGCCUUACUUGCUGCGAUCUCUGGCAUCUAUUAUGAUGGAGGAGGAACAUACACAGACAAAGCUUUACAGUAUGCCAGAACACAGGCCUUCCUUCCGUCCCAUGGUGGAAGAACCAAUGCUAGCAGCAUCGUGGUAGUCAUGACGGACGGGCGUUCUUUCAAUCAUGCAAAAACUCUACAGGAAGCUGCAGCCUUGAAAUCCCAACCAAAUAUGAAGGUGAUUGCCAUUGGUAUUGGAUCCGGAGUCAACCAACAAGAAUUGAACAGUAUAGCCAGUGACUCACAGCACGCUUUCUAUGUUGCUAACUUUGACGUCUUGAACAAACUUAACUCGGAGCUUGAGUUCACUUCGUGUCAAACGUGUGGUUUUAUCCAGACAGCUGACAUCAUCUUUGCACUGGAUUCAUCCAGUAGAGUAGGACUGAUCAACUUACAGAAAGAAAUGGACUUGGUUCAGUCGUUUGUGAGAGAUCUCCCUGUUGGUCCCAACAACGUACAAUUCAGCGUUGUGUCGUUUGGGUCAGUUGUUCAAAAUAACUUCUACCUGAACCAGUACACACAGAAGAGGCCCGUUCUAGAUGCAAUACAACAAACAGACUAUGUCGGGGGUUCAACUCAGACUUCAAAAGUGCUGAAGUAUAUAAGGGAGCACAACAUCCUUUCAAUGAAUGGGGCGCGUUCUAACUCCUCACUGUUCGUUGUUGUCCUCACAGAAAGCAUGUCCACAAACAAAAGCGCCACCUUGACGGAAGCUAAUUUGCUAAAGGCAUGCGGGGCAACCGUUGUCGCUAUCGGCAUUGGAUCGAAUGUUGACAGUACCGAACUGAAUUCUAUUGCUUCAGAUCCUAACCAUGUCUUCAAAACCCAAAAUUUUGACACGUUGCAGACUCUCAAAGAGGAUAUUAAAAAAGUUGCAUGUGAGGGUAAGAUGAUAAAUAUUCCAAACCUGGUCUCAGAUAAUGACAUUUUGUAA